GUUAGAGUUUACCUGUCGCCAUUUUAAGCAGGUAAAAUACUAAUACGAUACGGAAAAAACAGAGCAUCAAAGUGUUUAAUAGAAACGUUAAUCAAAGUUAUGUUGUUUAAGCUGUUAACCUCAUGAUGUUAAAGCUGGAGGAUUUGAGAAUCUGUAUCUUGUAAAAGUUUGAUCAAGAGUCAGUGGAGGAGAUCAAACUCAUCAGAUUCUCCUGCAGCUUCAUCAUGACUGAUUCACAAGGAUCCAGAGAUGGAGAUUUUUCUCCAGGAUACAGUUCAGUCCAGCAGAAGAGCUCAAACCCAGAGUCCAGCUGUGUGUCUGUGAAGAGUGACAGAUCUAUGGAUGACCCACCAACGUUAAAGAGUGGAGACAAACGGCCUGAUCUCAGUUCAGUCCAGCAGAAGAGCUCAAACCCAGAGUCCAGCUGUGUGUCUGUGAAGAGUGACAGAUCUAUGGAUGACCCACCAACGUUAAAGAGUGGAGACAAACGGCCUGAUCUCAGUUCAGUCCAGCAGAAGAGCUCAAAAACAGAGUCCAGCUGUGUGUCUAUGAAGUGUAACUGCUCUAUGGAUCACCCACUAACAAAGUUUAAGAGUGGAGACAAACAGCCUGAUCUCAGCCAUGACUCUAAACCUGCUGAAGUCCUCAACACAUUAAGAUCAAAUCUGAGGAAGAAGUUUGAGUGUUUGUAUGAGGGAAUAUCAAAGCAGGGAAACCCAACACUCCUGAAUGAGAUCUACACAGAGCUCUACAUCACAGAGAGUGAAAGUGGAGAGAUCAGUAAUGAGCAUGAGGUGAGACAGAUUGAGACACAGUCCAGGAGAGCAGAAACAGAGGACACACCGAUCAAAUGCAGUGACAUCUUUAGACCUUUACCUGGACAAGACAAACCCAUCAGAACUGUGCUGACAAAGGGAGUCGCUGGCAUUGGAAAAACAGUCUCUGUGCAGAAGUUCAUCCUGGACUGGGCUGAAGGGAAAGAGAAUCAGGACGUCCAGCUCAUAUUUCCACUUCCUUUCAGAGAGCUCAACUUGAUAAAAGACAAAACACUCAGUCUUUCAGAUCUUCUUCAUGUCUUUUUCCCUGAAACAAAAGAAAUGGAAAUAUCCAGUGACAAAUAUAAAGUGUUGUUCAUCUUUGAUGGUCUGGAUGAGUGUCGUCUGUCUCUGGAUUUUCAGAGCGAUGUGAGGUUGUGUGAUGUGACUGAAUCAGCCUCAGUGGACGAGCUGCUGAUGAACCUCAUUGUGGGGAAUCUGCUUCCCUCUGCUCUCAUCUGGAUCACCUCCAGACCAGCAGCAGCUGAUCUCGUCCCCUCUGAGUGUGUCCAUCGAGUGACAGAGGUACGAGGCUUCAGUGACCCACAGAAGGAGGAAUACUUCAGGAAGAGAAUCAAUGAUCAGGGACUGACCUACAGGAUCAUCUCACACCUGAAGUCAUCAAGGAGCCUCUUUAUUAUGUGUCAAAUCCCAGUGUUCUGCUGGAUCUCAGCCACUGUUCUAGAGAAGAUGUUGAAAACAUCAUGGAAAGGAGAGAUUCCCAAGACUCUCACUCAAAUGUACACACACUUCCUGAUCAUUCAGAUCAACAUCAAACAUGAGAAGGACUUUGAGAAGAAUGUGAAAGAUGAAGACAUGAUCCUCAAACUGGGGAAAGUGGCUUUUCAGCAGCUUGUGAAAGGAAACCUGAUCUUCUAUGAGGAAGACCUGAGAGAGUGUGGCAUUGAUGUGACAGAAGCAUCAGUGUACUCAGGAUUGUGCACUCAGAUCUUCAGAGAGGAGUUGGGCUUGUAUCAGGGGAAAGUCUUCUGCUUUGUUCAUCUGAGCAUUCAGGAACAUCUAGCAGCUCUAUAUGUGCACCUCUUUUUUAUAAAGAACUAUUCACAGGUUUUGACUAGUGUGUCCUCUGACCUCUUUUUCACAUAUACUUUAUCUGACUUACAUCAGAAGGCUGUGAAUGAGGCUCUACAGAGUAAAAAUGGACAUCUGGAUCUUUUCCUGCAGUUUCUUCUGGGUCUGUCAGUAAAGUCUCAUCAGAUUAUCCUACAAGGACUAAUGAAACCGACAAGAAGCAGAUCUGACAGCAAUGAGGAAACCAUUGAGUACAUCAAGAAGAAGAUCAGCAUCAUUGACUCUCCAGAGAAAUCCAUCAAUUUGUUCCACUGUCUGAAUGAACUGGGUGAUCAUUCACUACUUGAGGAAAUACAACAGUAUCUGACAUCUGGAAGAAUAAAAGAAGCCAAACUCUCUUCAUCUCAGUGGUCAGCUGUAGUUUUUAUGCUGUUGACAUCAGAGAAGAUGCUGGAUGUGUUUGAUCUUAAUGAUUUUGUUGAAAGAAACAAUAAAACUGAAAAGCUAAAGGUUCUUCAGAAGCUGCUGCUCGUGAUGAAAGAAUCCAGAUCAGUUCUAUUGAGUGAUUGUGGCGUCACAGAUGAAGGUUGUGCUGCUCUGACUUCAGCUCUGAGAUCAAACCCCUCACACCUGAGAGAACUAGAUCUGACUGGGAAUAAAAUAGGAAAAUCAGUGAAUCUGCUGUCUGAUGUACUACAGGAUCCUCGCUGUAAACUGGAGAUACUGUGGUUGGGGAAGUGUGGUGUCACAGAUGAAGGUUGUGCUGCUCUGGCUUCAGCUCUGAGAUCAAACCCCUCACACCUGAGAAAACUGGAUCUGUCUGGGAAUAAAAUAGGAAAGUCAGUGAAUCUGCUGUCUGAUGUACUACAGGAUCCUCACUGUAAACUGGAGAUACUGUGGUUGAAUGAUUGUGGCGUCACAGAUGAAGGAUGUGCUGCUCUGGCUUCAGCUCUAAGAUCAAACCCCUCACACCUGAGAGAACUGGAUCUGUUAUGGAAUAAACUAGGAGAAUCAGAAGUGAAGUUGCUCUCUGAUCUGAAGAAUGAUCCACAUUAUAAACUCAAGACAUUAUACUUUUGACUCUCAGUAUUUAGACGUCAGUUCAGUUUCCUCAGGAUCAGCUUAUGGUGAAUAAGGAGCCGCUACAGAGAUGAUAACACAGAGACACACAGCGAUCACACUGACGUGUGUGACUUCACACCGGUUUCUUGUUUUUUUUAGAUAAUGGCCCAAGAAUAUGAGUGCUGAAAAUAGCAAUUUGCAUUUCUGGACAUUGAUUACAAUGUAGAUGGUGUAACACUUAAUUUAAACUGCAAACAAGUAAUGCAUUCUCUGUAAAGCUGCUUUGAAACGAUACGUAUUGUGAAAAGCGCUAUACAAAUAAAUGUGAUUUGAAUUGAAUUAAUGCAAAGUGACAAAACUGAAUCAUUCCAUUUUCAUCAAGCCAUAGACAUGCUGUAAAUAAGAGAUGUAUUGUGCAGUACUUUAUUAAAAUGGUAGAAUAUGAUUUAUUAAUAUACUGUAACUGAACUUUAUUUCACCUUGAGUAAUUUUAAGAACACUUUUACGAGUUUUCCUUUGAGAAAAUCAAGAGUCUUUCUAAGAGACAGAUGUGUAAAUGUGUCUACCAGCAGAAGGUCACAAAGAUUAUGCAAAUAAUUUCACUGAAAAUGUUUGUCUGUAAAAUAAUUGUAUUUACCUAUUCUUGUAUGUGAUAAUCUAUUAAAGUUUCCAUAUAAAUCUUAUUGUU